AUGUUUUGGGUUCUCCUUUUAUUAUCCUUGUUGAGACCACUCGAUUCAAUCUCUUGCCCUGAAAUCGAAAAACAAUCACUUUUAACCUUCAAGCAAUCUCUUAAUGGAUCCUCAAACUUGUUGCCUUCUUGGGAUUCCAAAGUCGAUUGUUGCACUUGGGAAGAUGUUGUCUGCAGGGACGUAACUGGUCGUGUUCUUCGACUUGAUCUUAAACUUUAUUUUUUAGGUGGCAAAAUAAAUCCUUCUUUGCUCAACCUGAAGCAUUUGAAAUAUCUUGACUUGAGCUUUAACGACUUUCACGAAAAUAUCCCUCCCUUCAUCGGAUCACUCACUAGCCUCGAGUACUUGAAUUUAGAAGAUGCUGGAUUUUAUGGAAAGAUUCCACACAAUAUUGGGAAUCUUUCAAAUUUGCACUCUCUAAGUUUGGGUACUUCAAGACAACAGCUGGAUGCUGAUAGUCUUGAAUGGUUGUCGGGACUUCCAAAACUAGAGAACCUCAACAUGAAUGGUGUGAACCUCAGAAAAGCGACCAACUGGGCACAACAGGUGAUUUACAGCCUCCCUUCUUUAGUUGAUCUGCAAAUGAGUUCUUGUAGUCUUAAUCUGAUGGCUCCUCUGAAUGAUGUUAACAACAUCAGCCGUUAUAAUUUAGCCACUCUUGAUCUCUCCUACAAUUCCCUGUCGUAUGUCGUCAUCCCUCCGUGGAUAUUUCAACUCACCAACCUCCAAUACCUCUAUUUACUUGGAAAUGGACUUUCUGGAAAAAUAUCAAGGGUAAUUACAAACCUGUGCAAUAUUCGAACAUUAAGUAGUUCAUAUUCUAGUAAAUUGGGAGGAUCAUUUGGAAACAAUAUGUCAGAUUGUUUCUUAGGAGCUUUGAUAUCUUUAGAUUUGUCAUACAAUCAACUCUCCGGUAUAAUUCCAGAAGAAUUAGGGAACUUGCUUUCCCUUGAACAUUUAUACUUGGGUAAUAAUAAAUUGAGUGGGAACUUACCAGAAAGUAUUGGGAAACUUGUGAACUUGACAGCGCUUUCGAUAGAUAACAACAUGUUGGAAGGGAUUGUGACUGAAACCCACAUUGGCAAUCUCUCAAAUUUAAGAUUCUUACGAGCCGCUGGAAACCACUUGACUUUAAAAGUCGACCCCAAUUGGAUUCCACCAUUCAAACUAGAGACGCUUAAUCUAGUGUCUUGGGACUUGGGAUCUCAAUUCCCGUUAUGGCUUGAGACUCAGAAAGAGAGUAUCUCUGAACUUGAUUUAUCGUCUACUGGAAUCAAUGGAAAUGUUCCCAGCUGGUUAUGGAGUUUGAGAUAUCUCAACCUUUCGCAUAACCAACUCGACGGAAAGAUUUUAUCCAUUAGUAAUCGUCGCAACGAUGAUCGUGAUUUCUUCAAGUCUUUUGACUUGAGUUUCAACAGGUUUAGUGGUCCACUGCCUCAACUAAUGACAACUUCAUUCUUGGAACUCCAUCUCUCCAAUAACUCAUUUUCCGGAGGCUUGUCAGAAUUCGUUUGUACCACUCUGUCCAAUGUAGUGAUUAUAAAUUUGGAAGGAAAUCAUCUUUCUGGAGAGCUACCCGAAUGUUUUAUCAAAUGGCGAUCAUUGGCAGUGUUGAACUUAGCCAACAACAAACUGUCCGGAAGAAUACCAAAUUCCAUCCGAUUUCUUAACCAGUUAGCGUCUUUGAGUCUUCACGGCAACAAUUUCUCUGGCCACAUACCUUCUUCAUUGCAAAACUGCAUUGGACUAGUGAAGAUCGACUUUAGUGAUAACAAUCUUGGUGGAGACAUACCAAAAUGGAUUGACAAAAGAUUUUUCAAUCUUAGAUUUCUGAUUUUGCAGUCCAACAAUUUCAGUGGUGAAAUUAGUCCAUCCAUAUGUCAGCUCACUUCUCUUCAAAUCUUGGAUCUCUCUAAUAACAAACUGUCAGGGAAGCUACCCCAGUGGCUCAACAAUCUUACCACCAUGACCACUAAAAGGAUUUUGGAUAGGCCACAAUAUUCUGUACUUGAGGAAGGUUCUUUUCAGGAGAGCGCAUCAAUUUCAAUGAAGGGAAGAGAACUCAUAUACGAUGCCAAUCUCUUUUUGGUUAUCAGUAUUGACCUUUCUAUGAACAAUUUGUCUGGUGAUAUCCCAAGGGAGAUGUCAAGUCUGGUUGAACUCAGAACACUGAACCUGUCACGAAAUCAUUUAACAGGAUCCAUACCAGACAACAUUGGAAACAUGAAGGAACUCGAAUCUCUUGAUUUCUCCAUGAAUUCAAUCUCUGGAAACAUUCCAAGUAGCAUGUCAAUCAUGACUACUCUGAAUUACUUAAAUCUGUCGUAUAACCACUUGACUGGAAGGAUCCCAGAAAGCACCCAGAUUGGGAGCUUGAACGAGUCGAGCUUUAUUGGCAACAAUCUUUGUGGCUCUCCACUGAAAAUUUCAUGCAGAAGUGGUGGUAAUGCCUCUACCCCAACGAACGUAGAGAAUAAAGGCCAAGAAGUCAGUAUGCGAGAGGUUAAUUGGUUUUACGUAUUCCUAUCUUUAGGAUAUGCUGUUGGGAUUUCAGCUGUCCUCACUACAUUGUUUUUCAAAAACAAAUGGAGGGAAGCGUAUUAUGCAUUCCUUCAAAAAGUGUGGGACAGUUUGUAUGUUUAUUUUGUUGUCAAAUGGAGAAGGCUCAUGAGAGUGUUGGGUCGAAAUUCGUGA